ACGGGGCUGCAGCAGCCCCGGGUGUGGGGCGAGCCUCGAGGGGCUUUGUCUGGGACCGUAGGGCAGAGGCCCCGGAACUGGGUGCUCCCAGGUGUUGGUGGUUGUUGGUUGUAUUUAGACCGUUUGGUAGGUCAAAGAGGUUUGCAUUCCUUGUAGAGAAAUCCCCCUUUUUCUAAGUUGUGGGGUUUUUUCUCCUAGCUGUGUUUCUAUUUAUUUUUGCUGCUGUUUUCUAUUUCUGUUUGGAGGUGUGAGGUAACGGAGGCAGAGGAUUCCCGCCUGUCAGGGUAGCAUGGACCGACCUUAGCUGGCUGCUGUGCAGCUCAGCCUUGUGUGCCUCAGCAGUGCUCCCUCCUGCAGGGUCUCCUACUUGGAAAACUUUCACUUCAGGACUCUGCGAACUCAUAAUCACAAGUUGUCAUCCUUCUAGCCCUUUGCCUAUCGAAGGUUCCUGAGGCCGAUGGAAGACAGCAGUAACUGAGGUGGACUAAGGUUGGAAUGUAGGCAGGGAUUGGAGCCUUUGGGAGCUAUGCUUAGACAGAAAGGGAGAGAUUGGGGCACAGAGGUGCCACAGUGCCCAGGACUCCUCCUGCUGAACCGAAGUUGAUGAGGAAACAGUUAAUUCCUGCUCAGUUUUGCACAGGAAAUGAGCCUUCCUCUGUGCCCGGGCUUUGGGCUUCCCCAGGGGGUGUAACAGAGCCCUGAGGGGGCCUUCUGCAAGGAGAAUUGGCUUUGGAGGCUUGUGCUUGAAACUUGUCCAAUGAGUCUGAGACGCCCAAGCACCAUUAAUUUUGGAGGAAAAAGAUGGAGUAUUGCAUGCUGGGAACAAGUGCUUUCCAUAAGGUACAGCAGCAGCUCAUGAUGCCCCGUAAAGCUUUUCUUUCCCAGAAAGAAAAGCAGGCUCGUGCCAGGGAAAGGGAUAUGUUAAAAAAGAGGAGGAGGCGACAAGACUAUCUCAAAAGAAGCGUGGAGCCGCAGAAAAAUACAGAAACAAUAAAAUGGCACAGGGAUGAUGAGAAGAGGAGAGAAAAUGAGCAAGUUAAGGACAAAGAUAUCAAGAAGCGGUGGAGACAGGAUGAGAGAGAACGACGAAAGAAUGUGGACGCUAUGAAUUGGCACAGGGAAGAGGAGAAGAGGGAAAAUGAGCGAGAAACUAUGUUCCAACUUCCUGUCAACAACCUUGGCAGUUUAAGAAAGGCCCGGAAAACUGUGAAAAAAAUACUUAGUGACAUUGGUUUGGAGUACUGUAAAGAACAUAUAGAAGAUUUUAAGCAGUUUGAACCUAAUGACUUUUAUUUGAAAAACACCACAUGGGAGGAUGUGGGACUGUGGGACCCAUCGCUUACAAAAAACCAGGACUAUCGGACAAAGCCCUUUUGCUGCAGUGCAUGUCCCUUCUCCUCGAAGUUCUUUUCAGCCUACAAAAGCCACUUCCGGAAUGUUCACAGCGAAGACUUUGAGAACAGGAUCCUGCUCAACUGCCCCUACUGUACCUUCAAUGCGGACAAAAAGACUUUGGAAACGCACAUUAAAAUAUUCCAUGCUCCCAAUGCCAGUACACCGAGUGGAGGCAUCAGCACUUUCAAAGAUAAAAACAAACAUGAGAGCCUUAAACCCAAGCAGGCUGACAGUGUGGAACAAGCUGUUUAUUACUGUAAGAAGUGCACUUACCGUGACCCGCUCUACGAAAUCGUUCGAAAGCACAUUUACAGGGAACAUUUUCAGCACGUUGCUGCUCCUUACGUAGCCAAGGGAGGCGAAAAGUCCCUCAAUGGUGCAGUUCCCUUGAGCUCCAGUGCCCGAGAGGAGGGGGGUAUCCACUGCAAACGAUGCCUUUUCAUGCCGAAAUCCUACGAAGCUUUAGUCCAGCACGUGAUCGAAGACCACGAACGGAUCGGAUACCAGGUCACGGCAAUGAUAGGUCACACCAACGUAGUGGUUCCGAGAUCCAAACCUUUGAUGCUAAUAGCUCCCAAACCCCAGGAUAAAAAGCCUAUGGGACUCCCUCAGAGGAUGGGUGCCCUCUCUGCCGGCAGCGUCCGCUCGCUCUCCUCACAGCAGAUGAUGAACAGACUCACUAUACCAAAGCCCACGUUAAAUUCUGCAGGAGUCAAUAUGAUGUCAAAUGUUCACCUACAGCAGAACAAUUAUGGGGUUAAAUCAGUACCCCCCAGUUACGUUGGUCAACCAGGGGGGAGGCUCAGCCUCAGUGGCAACGCAGCUGUUUCUCUUUCCCAACAAUCACAAAGCAUGAAACAGUUUUCAGCGAGUGGCAAUGGAAGGCCUUACACUCUGGGAGGGGAGCAGAGGUCCCAGGCCUCAGCCAGGUACUCGCUGCAGUCUGCCAACUCCUCCUCGCUGUCGUCGGCGCAGCUCAAACAGACGUCGCUGUCGCAGUCCCAGGCAGCAUCCAGAGCUCUGGGUCAGUCUGGCUCCAAAUCCCCCGUGGCUGCUACAGGCCCUUCUGCUGUCAACACCUCAUCCACGCAGAAGUGGAAAAUCUGUACAAUCUGCAAUGAGCUGUUCCCCGAAAACGUGUACAGCGUCCACUUUGAGAAGGAGCACAAGGCCGAGAAGGUGCCUGCGGUGGCCAACUACAUCAUGAAAAUCCACAACUUCACGAGCAAAUGUCUCUACUGUAACCGCUACCUGCCCACGGACACGCUGCUCAAUCACAUGCUGAUCCACGGGCUGUCCUGCCCCUACUGCCGCUCCACCUUCAACGACGUGGAGAAGAUGGCUGCCCACAUGCGCAUGGUGCACGUGGACGAGGAGAUGGGACCUAAAACUGACUCCACCCUCACCUUUGAUUUGACAUUGCAGCAGGGCAGCCACACGAACAUACACCUCCUUGUCACCACCUACAACCUGCGGGAUGCCCCUGCCGAAUCCGUAGCCUACCACGCUCAGAACACCCCCCCGGUCCCCCCAAAACCGCAGCCCAAAAUCCAGGAGAAAUCUGACGUACCUGUCAAAAGUUCUCCACAAGCAGCAGUGCCCUACAAAAAAGAUGUGGGGAAAACUCUGUGUCCUCUGUGCUUUUCAAUCCUAAAAGGCCCCAUCUCUGACGCACUGGCACAUCACCUCCGGGAGAGGCACCAGGUGAUUCAGACGGUUCACCCCGUGGAGAAGAAGCUGACCUACAAGUGCAUCCACUGCCUGGGCGUGUACACGAGCAACAUGACGGCCUCCACCAUAACGCUGCACCUGGUGCACUGCAGGGGCGUGGGCAAGACCCAGAACGGGCAGGACAAAGGGACAUCGUCCCGGCUGGGCCAGUCCCCGGCGGCCGCGCCGCUGAAACGCGCCUACGAGCACAUGGAGUUCCCCCUGAUGAAGAAGAGGAAGAUGGAUGACGAUGACUCCCCCUCUGCCUUUGAGGAGAAGCCUGAAGAACCUGUAGUUCUAGCACUAGACCCCAAGGGUCACGAAGAUGAUUCAUACGAAGCCAGGAAAACAUUUCUCACAAAAUAUUUCAAUAAGCAGCCCUACCCCACUCGGAGAGAGAUCGAAAAGCUGGCAGCCAGUUUGUGGCUCUGGAAAUCUGACAUCGCAUCUCACUUCAGCAACAAAAGGAAGAAGUGUGUCAGGGAUUGUGAAAAAUACAAACCUGGGGUGCUGCUGGGCUUCAACAUGAAAGAGCUGAAUAAAGUCAAACAUGAGAUGGAUUUUGAUGCUGAAUGGCUGUUUGAAAACCAUGACGAGAAGAAUUCCAGGGUCAAUGUCAGUAAGACUGUUGAUAAAAAAAUCAGCUUAGAAAAAGACAAUGACAGUUCCUCAGACAGCUACGAAAACCUAGAGGAGGAAUACAGCGAGAGCCGCAGUCCCUUCGGGCAGCGUGUCUCUGACAUGGGUGGGAAGCCCUCGACAGACAGCACAGUGCAGGACCCCCAGGACAGCUUAGCCAAGGAAAUCAUGGAAGAAAACACACUACAGUCUCCAGAGAAGGCUGAGCAAAAACAAGAGGAAAGCUCUAAAUACGAAGAGAUGAUUGCUGCUGAAGAGCCAACAAAACUGGUGGGUGGCGUUUCAGACAGUGAAGGUGAUCAGGAUGAGCAGGAUGAUGCAGUGGAAUGGAAGGAUGGAGCUUCCCAGUCUGAAAGCGGGCCCGGUUCCCAGCAGGUUUCGGAUUUUGAAGAUAACGCAUUGGAGGUAAAACCAGAAGUGUGGACAGAUGAAUCUUCCCAAAGCGAAGAUGCCGGGAGCAGUAAACCCACUGUGGAGGCCAAGGGGGGUGGAUCUGAAAGUGAUGAAGAACAGUCAAAGUGGAAGAAUCGUUCCUAUGGAAAAGUAGAAGGGUUUUGGUCCAAGGACCAGUCGCAAUGGAAAAACGCCUCCGAGCUGGAGGAGAGCCUGGCCAGCGAGCAGAUGGAGUGGCAGAGCAGCACAAUGGACAGCGAGGACGGUGAGGGCUUUGGGGCCGUGGGGGCCGAGCCCAUGCACGGCAGCCUGCCCGGGGUGGAGCUCAGCAGCCAGCAGGCGUGAGCGGCUCUGCCCCGUGUGGCACUGCCCGGGCACUGCUGCCCUGCCAGCUGCUCCUGCUGCCCGGGCUCAUGUACAGAUCUGCUGGCCCAGGGGCUGGGAGCUCCUGCUGGGAUGAGCACAGUAACUUAAUGUGAAAAUGGAUACGCUGGUGGCUCCAGAAUGCACACAGAGAAAAGCAGAGGAUUAUUUUUUCUGCAUUUUCGACCCUCCGUUCACCUUGUCCAUGUUGAGUUGUGUCUUUCCAAGAGGCCCCUCUCCGGUAGCGCCGUGCCAGCGACCCGGUGCCCUGUAUAGCAGACUCUGGGGAAAUGGAGUUUUCAUGUAUCAUUCUGAAUAGUUGAAAUGUAUAUUUGUACAGUCUUUUAGACCUAUUCAAGUGAAGCUUAUGGAACUGUUCUUGUGUACCCAUCAUAGAUCUGUUUCUCUUUUUUAGUGUUGCCCUGCUGUGUAAUAAAUGCUGUAUCUAGUUUCCCUAGCAAAGCUUGAGACUGCUCUAGUAUGAAUUUUGACAGACUUAGUUUUUGCACAUAACCUUGUACAAUCUCCAACCAGAGGCCAGCAACAUAAAAAUAUAUCUGGGCUCUGUUGUAUUAUAGAAUUUUCUUGUUCUGAAUAUCCUUGACAUGACAACUGAUGACAAACAUAUUUCAGAGCCAUUUUCUGAAAUCUUUUAAGCUAAAAAAGAAAAAUCACAUGCAAGAAACAAGUUUGCAGCUACUAAUUUUGACACCUUUUAGAUCUGUAUAAAAGUGUAUUGUGUUGAAGCAGCACACUGAGACAAAGUGCUGGGUUUGGAUAUUUAGUUUUAUCUUUAGUUAACACCAACAAGGUGUUGUAUUCAUUUAUACCAUCUAAUAUAUGACACACUGUUGUAGUAUGUAUAAUUUUGUGAUCUUUAUUUCCCUUUGUAUUCUUCAUUUAAGCAUCUAAAUAAAUUGCUGUAUUGUGCUUAAUGUAAA